AUGAUUCGCGCCCCUUCGAACCAGAGUCAUGAGCAGCUUGUCAGUCUUCUGAUGGAGCAAACAAACCCUUGGGAAAUACAGGGGAUCCCGACCAUCACCCAUACUCCGCAAGUUUUGUCGUCGUCCUCGUCGCGGGCCGAAAGGUCCCUGUCCGCCUCGGAUAAGAAACUCAAGAAGCAAAUCCAACCACGCCAACUCCUGAGUUGCACUAAAUGUCGAGAACGCAAAGUNAAAACCGAGAGGUCUUCGCUCUCAGAAGACAGCGAGACUGAGGAAGGUGCUCCAAAUGCCAGAACGAGUUCCAUCGGAAGACAGACAAACCGUCAGCGACGACUUCGGGCGAGCGAGCAGAUUGACAGCAUCUACUUUGGAUCUCCAGGGUUGGCAAGUGUUAUAGCUGAUGUGGAACCAAAAUCGCUAUCACACGCGAUGCCCCGAGCGGCAGACAUGUAUGCAACUCAAGACGCCAUGUAUCCUUUUCCGACACUAUGGCCUGCCAUGUCCCGUACUCACGGUCUGCUACAAUGUUUGCCGUCGCAUGAUCAGCUCUACCACUACCUUGAUGUCUUCAGCCAAAAAGCUCGAGGGUUCGCCUUCCCUUAUGUACCUGAAGACUUGUCGCAGAAGGAAGUCGAGCGUUUUCUCGAGCAAGCUGAGGAGAAUGCUGAGAAAGUCCCAGAUCUGCUCGCGCUCAUCUUCGCAGCGCUUGCUUUGGGAGUGCAGUUGGACACAUUCGGAAGUCGCAAAGACGCAGAACCUGGCGUCACCCAAACCAGCAGUCGCAAGGGUGAAAUAUUUUCAAUGCAGGCUCUUCGUCUAGCGUCCUUCACCAGUCGUCCCACCCUGAGAGGUAUCAAAGCCUUGAUUAUGCUCGCCCCUUACUUGACAAACAGUGGGCGAUUCCUCGAUGCGUGGUCCCUUUCGGGCCUCACAAUCCGCUUGGCCCAUUCUAUCGGCUUGCAUCGCAACCCCCGCUACCUGGACCCAGCGCCAUCGCUCCGGGAGUCUACAGUGCGCAAACAUCUUUGGUGGUGGCUGCUACAUAUGGACCAGGAGUACUCGAUGACUCUCGGUCGGCCGCUAGGCAUCUCUGGGAUCGGAGACUGCCCUCCACCCGACCCUCUCACCACAGAUCCAGUAGCGUUACGACUAAAUGAGUUCUUUGAUCAACUCACUAUUCACGGACGACAGAUAUUGAGCAGUAACCAACUCACAGACUCAAAGAUCGAUAUGUACACCGAUCGGCUGAUUGCUCUGUGGGAUACAAUGCCAGACUCUCUGCAAUUCAACAGGUCCUGGAUUGAAGAGGAAACAGAAAUCCCUGAAUGGCCAAUGGAGACAAGAGCGGCGAGUAAGAUAUGUUUUUCCAUGGCUCAGAACACAUACCACUAA